GUAUACCGAACGAGUCGGAUACAAAUAACUCAAACACACACGGAGACACAGAAACAAAGGAGUCAGCAAACCCGACAGAAAUGGCCGAACCAGAAAAGGUUACAGAAGUAAAAGAGACAGACAACUCAACAGAAGUAAAAGAGUCAGAAAACAAGACAGCAGUAACAGAGACAGGCAACCCACCAGAAGUAACAGGGUCAGAAAAAACGACAGAAGUAACAGAGUCAGACAAAACGACAGAAGUAACAGAGUCAGACAAAACGACAGAAGUAACAGAGUCAGAAGACAAGACAGAAGUAACAGAGCACGGUACGGAAGUAACAGAACAAGAAAUCGGUACAGAAGUAACUGAAACGGGUCACUCAAAGGAAGUGACAGAAUCAAUAACCACGACAGAGGUGACAGAGUUGGAAGAAGCAUCAGACGUAGCAGAACAAGAAAUCACAGCAGUUGUAGCAGAGUCAGAAAAUACGACUGGGGUUAUAGAAGCAGAAAACACAACAGAUGUAAUAGAGACAGAAAGGUCAGCAGAUGUAAUAGAGACAGAAAGGUCAGCAGAUGUAAUAGAGACAGAAAAGUCAGCAGAUGUAAUAGAGACAGAAAAGUCAGCAGAAGUAACAGAGACAGAAUACACACAAGAAGAACAGGUAACAGAGACAAUAAAACACGCCGACGUAACAGAAGCAGAAGACACAGCAGACGUAAGAAAAGAAGAACACACAGUUGAAAGCACAGAGACGGCUAACUCCUCAGAAGCGGUUAACACGGCAGAAGUAAAAGAAGAAACUAACUCGACAGAGGUAAAUGAAUCAGUUAACUCAUCUGAAGAUACUGUAGCAGAAAAUACAACAGACCCAGUGGUUUCGACUGCACCAACAGAGACAGUAAGCACACCAGAGGUAACGGGUGUUGCGUGUAUUCCUGAUGCGGAAAACACAGAAGUAACCGAAGAAAAAAACACAGUAAAAGUAACAGAGGUAGAAAACACAAAAGAAACGGAUGCAGUAAACGCUACCGUAGAUUCCAUAAAGGACAAAGAAAUAAUCAAAGCUGAGGAUUACGAUGUUGAUGUGAUACAGACUGCCAAAACAAGUAAUCAUGUCGAAGAAGUAAAUAGUGCACCUAAAAUGGAAGUGUCUAAUGGAGGAGGUACCGGUGCUACUAAGGGAAUAUCUAAUGGUCAACCGACUAUGAGUGAAAAAAAGUCAAGUACGUGUACCAUUUUAUAGAGCCAGUGAGGAAAUGUUAUGUCAUUGUUUAAUAUGUUUGCUAUCAGAUGACCAACGCCAUUUUUACAACCGAAAACCCGUCAUUUUAUUACAUACCGAAACCUGCAUACAGAAAAAAAAAUCGUAUAGCAACUUCACACCUUCAUUAAAAAAUUGAACUAAGUGGAGACUACCGUGUAUGAAGUUAAUGAA